AUGCUCGCCAAAGCGAAGUCAGCCUUCGAGCACACUUUCCACCCCAGAUUGAAGGACCAGGUCGCUACGCAUGAUGGUACUCACGAUGCACCAUCAACCAUCAAACCUCCUACGCCCACAGAAGUCGUUCGCUAUCGUUACCACCACGGAACAAAUCUCGGAUCCAUUUUCGUGCAAGAGAUGUGGCUCACAGGGAGCAUGUUCGCCCCUGACUCGACCGGAAUCAGCGAGCUUGCCGCUGUCCAGGGCUGGGUCAAAAGCGAGGGUAUCGAAAAGACACGCGCACGAUUCGAACAGCACUGGCAGGAAUACGUCAGCGAUGCGGACUUGGACUGGCUGAGAGAUGUGGCACACUGCAACGGUGUGAGAUUGCCAAUUGGAUACUUCACUCUCGGACCGGACUUCUGUCGAGACACUCCAUUCGGCGCUGUGGGAGAUGUGUACAAGAACGCCUGGUCGGCUGUCAAAGCUCUCGUCAAACGCUGCCAUGAUCGAGGCAUUGGUGUCUUGGUCGAUCUCCAUGGUUUGCCUAGCGGUGCGAAUGGAGGAGAUCACUCAGGUACCGACAGUGGCGCUGCGCAGCUUUGGACAUCACAGCCCGACAAAUCCCUUGCGACAAGAUGCGUGUGCUACAUUGUUCAUGAGCUUCGCUGCGUUGACGGGAUCCUCGGAGUCCAGAUCGUCAACGAGGCCGAAGCCAAUGCCAGUGGUAUGUACGAAUGGUACAGUAGCGUGUUGGCAGAAGUUUCGAAAGUCGACUCUACCAUGCCAAUCUACAUUUCCGACGCUUGGAACUUUGGACAAGCUGUGACCUGGGUGCAGCAAAAGAACAGAGUCCAGGAAUACAGGAAGAACCCAGUCGUCAUCGAUGCGCAUCUAUACUGGUGCUUCUCGGACGAUGACAAGCGCAAGACACCACAGCAGAUCACGGCCGAAGUCGGCACGAGACUGAUGGAGCUCAAUGGCAAAAGCUGGAGCGUUCUUGACCGUGGCGCUGUCAACGCGGUGGUGGGCGAGUACUCUUGUGUCUUGGCCGAUGAAUCGUGGAGUCAGAGCGGAGGCGUGUCCAAAGACGAACUCGUGCAGAAGUUCGGCAUUGCGCAGUCGACCUAUUAUCAGCGCAAUGCAGCUGGAUCUUUCUUCUGGACUUACAGAAUGGAUUGGAUGGACUAUAGCGGGGAAUGGGGAUUCAAGCAAAUGAACAUCCAACAAGCUAUUAAGCCACCGAUAUCACUCACAUUUUCCGUCGUGGAAGUCCAAAGUCGGAUCGCGAAAGCGCAAGGGCAGAGGGAUGAUCGUCGUGGGCAAGCAUACGCCUCGCACUGUCAAUACUGGGACGCCAACGAUCCCAGUGAUAAGUACGAGCACUGGCGGUUUCAGCUUGGCUGGGAUAUCGGUUUCAGCGACGCCAUGUCCUUCUUCGGUAUGCGGAGUCAACGCAAUUUGCAGGGAGGCGACAAGAUUGGUCUGCUCGAACUGUGGACGCUGAAGCGUCUGGAGGAGAGCGGUCAAGUCGGUCAAUAUGGGUGGGAAUUCGAGACGGGAUUGAGGCAGGGCAUCACAGGGUUCGUGGAGGCCGCGGAUGUUUGA